AUGCAGGGGGUCGAGCCCGGAAGGUCGGACGCGCAGGGCUCCGGCAACGCGGGCGGGGGAGGGAAGGAGGCCUUCCAGACGGUCGACGGGGGGUUGAGCAUCGGCGGAGCGCGGAAGGCAGCGUCAACGCGGGAGCUUUCCAUCCGUGAUGGCCUGUCCGAGGGCGACAAGGGCCGUGUGGGCGCACGGGGCGGCAGGCCGCUGAGAACUCGACGCAAGGAGGGGCGGGGUAAUGGCCCAACUGUUCCUGACCCUGCGCUGGAAGAUAAGGGAAGCUGCCCAGGCAAACAUGAAGAUGCGCACUCGACAAUGACGGACAAUGAAAGCAAAGCCAACCUUAGUACGCCAGAGGUCUUUGGGACUCCAAUUGGCAGUACGCCUGGAGGGUUCGGCAGCCCUGUCUUGAUGCCCAGCAGCGGUUCACUUUCCCCAAAGAUUGCAAAGAUGAAGGCGACAGCAAAAGGCAAGAAGGCAAAGGAUAGGAAGAAGAGAGGCACUGGGAAGAAAAGGAGGGUGGCACAAGCGGCAGAAGGUCUAGUUGUACAGGAUCAGAAUGUAGACUCUGGCAACGAUGCGCCCACAGCAGUUAACAGGUCCGGGAGGAAGAGAAAGCCAAGGGUGUACCUUGCUGAAGAAGACAUCAAUCUCAAGGGCUCAGCUGCCAAGAAGGAAAAAAGGUUGUCUGGGGCCAAGGAAGGUCGUGCUAAGGCAAAGAUCUCAGGCCUAAAGAGGGGGCGAUCGUCAGAGCCAACGAGGGCACAUAGGACCAAGGGUGUCCUGGCGGAAAAUGAUGACCACAAGCAGGAAAUUAAAGCCACUGAGGGCAUGCAUUGUGAUGUUGCUGUUCCUGUGGUAGGAAAGCGACUGCAUGAGGACGCAGCUGAACUGAGGGGUCCAAAUGUGAGACAGCUCAAAUUAGAGAAGAGGGCAAAGAAGGUCGGCCAGACUGGCCAUCGAAAGAGAGGUGCUCAUGGAGCCUGGCAGAACCAGAAACGCUCAAAGUUGCACUCAGGGUAA